CUAAAAAGAUUUACGACCAGUGACUUGUUCGAUCGCAGUUUGGCCAGUAUCGCCGGUAUCUUUGAAAAUUAGUUCCGCUAAAUCAACGGCUCCCAAGAUCAUUUACGACGAAACGUUCGGUACUUUGCAUCACGAAGAAUCUACAGGGUCUUGCUGUGUCAGAAGAACACCAUGACGAAUUUGUAAAGAAUGAUGCAUUUCAUCAUCACACUGCUUAACUGAUUAAAUGCAAAGGACUUGGAUAUUGCUCAGGCACGGAACCUUUUAGCUUAAAGUCAUUUCCUUUCGUGUUUCCUUUUUCCUGGGCUAUAUCCGUCUUUAUAAAAUUUGCUUGUGACGUAGUAACUGAUAACUUAUCUUCUAUUCAGCAUCUUUCGUUUAUUUUUGUUUCCAGCGGGAAAUUUAUUUAGAGAAUAACGUCAUAUUGACGAAGUUAUGUCAGCAGCAACUUGACUCUAUAAAUUAAGGGAUUUGCGUUCGUAAGAUAACCAGAGCAAUUUGCCUUUUACACAGUAAAGAGAGAAAAAAAUGGUACCUACUUUAUUAGUUUCGAAUUUGGGAGUACCCUCACUUUGUGUACUCGUAAUAGCGCUACUUUUGGUCGUAGCUCUCAAAGUUUUCCCCAAGAAAGUUAGAGAGAAAGAUGAUUUGAUCAUACACCAGUCGGACGGGGAAGAAAAAACAUCGAGACGUCUCGGUAUGUUGGAACAGGUGUUUCUGGAAAGAGAGAAGAUCAACAACUGGGGAACUGUUUCUUCUGUCUUGCUGUUGGAAUCUACGCAAGAGCUAAGGCAAGAUGAACUCAGAAAAGCUCUUGUUCUUCUGGCCAAGCGGUAUCCUUUGCUACGUAUGAGUAUACAAGAAACCACCGAUGGAGUCCACUUUGAAGAAAUGGAAAACCCUACUACAAUUGACUUUGAACUGUUAAACCACGUAACAGCCGAUGACUGGGUACAAGGCUUCGAAGCAGAACUAAACGGUUAUCAGUUUAACAUCACUAGAGGGCCUUUGUGGCGCGCAAGACUACUGAAAGAAACUUUCAGCGAAGGAAAAUUCACAAACGCGGUUGUGUUUACGUUUCAGCACGUCAUCUGCGAUGCGCUGUCCAUCUUUGAGUUCCAAAAAACGCUGUUGGAAUUCCUGGCUUCUCUUCAUGGUGGGGUAGAGUUUAAAGUUGAGAGUCUUCCUCUAAAGCCUCCUUUGGAGUCACUUAUGCCCAAACUAGUUCAACCUAGCAUAGCGGAGAGGGCGUUGCUUUCGAGUUUCUUCUCACUCCAGCGGGCCAAAGCGUUUUUUGUCAAACCAAAAAAUCUGUUUCUAUCAGUUUAUCCUCCAGUGUCCAACGCAGACCCAAUUGUGACCAAGAAAACUUGUCUCCUGGCUCGUAGCCUCUCUGAAGAAGAAACCAAGCUACUGAAGAAAAGCUGCAAGGAAAACAAAUGCACGGUACACGGCGCAAUCACUGCCUCCACGUAUCUCGCGACUGCGCGAAUUCUACACCGAGAGAAACACGACUUAAAAUUUCCACUGGCCCUGGAAUCAUCUUAUUCUGCCAGUGUACGAAACCAUUGCGAGCCAAAGCUAAGCAGGGAUGACUUUGGUGCCUAUGUCAGCGCGAGCAGCUUAAAACUUCCAGUACCUCUAGUGCAGCCCUAUGACAAGCAAGGCUUCUGGGAGUUUGCCCGUGCGUGUACUCGCGAGGUCCACGCACAGAUAGAUUCUAAAAAGUACCUCAAUCUUUUGAAGUUUUACCACUGUAUAGACAUUCCCAAAUACUGCGCUAUGUCUAACUACGAACACAACCAAGGGCGCCGAAGCCACAUUUUUAACAUUAACAAUUACGGAGCUCAGCAGACAAAUCAGAGUGAUGCAGGUCCGUUUAAAUUUGCUGGUUUAUUCUUUGGCGUUCAAGGAGCGAAUACUGGCCCAACAUUUGGUAAUAAUAUCAUAACUGUGGAUGGUCGACUUUACUGGACCGUGGAGUAUUUUCCGCACGUAACCUCGAAGACGCAAACAGAGGAUUUCUUUGAAUUGUCCUUACAAACAUUAAGACAAGUUUAUACGUAA